ACUGUUUUUAAUACAUUAAUUAAAUAUGACAGUUCAUAUGUCCCCAAACCAGUAUAAAUAAGCUGGAGAGGGCAAGAUAGCUCUGUGUGGGAAUUACAAUAUGCAGAAAGCUUGGUUUUACGAGGAGUAUAGUCCCAAAGAAGUCCUCAAGCUGGGAGACUUCCCUAUUCCUACUCCCCUGCAUAACCAACUACUAGUCCAAGUUCGAGCUGCUGCUUUGAAUCCUAUUGAUUUCAAAAGACGGCAGCGACCCAUCUUUCCUUCAGACUUCCCAGUAAGUAGGAAUCAAAGUGUUAGACAAAUCUGUAUUCUUAAACAUAUGUUGGUGCAGGUGGUACCUGGCUGUGACAUGGCUGGCGUAGUGAUAGGAAAAGGUGGAGGCGUUACGAAAUUUGAUGUGGGUGAUGAGGUUUAUGGCAACAUCCAAGAUUUCAAUGCAGGAGAAAAACUGAAGCAGCUUGGAACUCUGGCAGAGUUCAUAGUCGUGGAAGAGAGCUUGAUUGCAACAAAACCAAAUAAUCUUUCAUUUGAGGAAGCUGCAAGCUUGCCUUUAGCAGUUCAGACUGCAAUAGAAGGAUUCAAAACUGCAGGUUUUAAAGAGGGGCAAACCGUUUUUAUAGUUGGUGGAGCAGGGGGUGUUGGAACUUUGGUCGUUCAACUAGCCAAGCACUUGUAUGGUGCUUCUCAUGUUGUUGCUACAACUAGUACCCCAAAGGUGGAAUUCGUCGAAAAAUUGGGUGCUGAUAGAGUUGUUGACUACAGAAAGACUAGAUAUGAUGACAUUGAUGAAAAAUAUGAUUUUCUCUACGAUACAAUUGGCGAUUGCAAGAAUUCUUUUGUGGUAGCUAAGGAUGAUGCCCCAAUUGUUGACAUAACAUGGCCUCCUUCUCAUCCAAGAGCUAUAUAUUCAAGCUUGACAGUGUGCGGUGAUGACUUGGAGAAGCUUAGGCCAUAUUUGGAGAGCGGAAAGCUUAAUGCUGUGAUCGAUCCAACUGGCCCAUAUUCUUUUGGGGAUGUAAUUAAAGCUUUUGGGUAUCUAGAAACAGGAAGAGCAAGAGGAAAAGUUGUCAUCUCUGUUCCAUCCGCCGGCAAGAACAACGUAACAUCUGAAAUGGUUCCUCAGAAAUUGUCUGUUUGCUGAGUUGUGGUGCAGAACUACAUAUAUGCCAACUGAUAUAUCUGAAUUCUA